CCGCUGUCACUGCUACUGCUAGCCAGCCUGCGCAUUCACCGUCCCAUCCCAUCUUCACCUCCCCCCCUCCUGCACUCCUGCGCUCCUGCGCACAUUCGCUCUCGCCUCCCCCUCCAGCACCCUGCUGUCGCACACCUCAAGCCUGAUAUUCUACGGGCCCGCGACUCGAUUCUGCUGCGGCGCCCUCCACUUCCCCCCGCAACCCGCUAGACACUGAGACGCCAGCGCCAAAGUCCAGCUGUCGACGAGCCCAACGCCGCCGCCUGCACCAUUCACGGAUCAUGUCCGAUCCCUCCAGGUCUUAGGCUGCAGUUAUGAGUGCUGCAGCUCCCCUCCCACCGCCAGGACCCCGCCCCCGCAACGCAAUGAAGGGCUACACCAACGGCGCCCACAGCGUUGGCGCUCCUGGCUGGAGAGCUGGCGAUUGGGGGGCUGAUGGUGGAGGCGAUGGCGGAGGUGAUGGCGAUGGCGGAGGCCCUGGAGCGGCUUUUCCAUCCAUCGCCGACAUCACUGCCUCGGCGAACGAGAAGGUGAACGAAUUAAGACACACGCCGAUUGGCCGGCUAAUGGCGGUCGGCGAACACCACUUCAAGAGCGCCAUUACCAUGCUCAACAGCCGGAAUCCUACUGGCGCGUUCUGGGAAUAUCUCGUCGCUUACCAAGUAGUUGUCGAUGUCCUCCCUCGACACCCCGACUACUACGAUAAAAUUGACGUCAGUCGAGGCAGCUUGCACCGCGACUUCAAGGAAUUGACAAAAGACGUCAGGUCUGCCGAAGAGCGCUUCGUACGCAUAAAAGAAAUCAUUGUGAACGACAAUAAGAGAAGCGGGGUCCUCUCAUCAACAUCGCCAUCCUCCACAAGCACACACCACAGUUCUUCACGUGACUCGCGCCUAUCAAACGGCUCAAUCAUUUGGCCGCGGGAUGAUGAGCUGAUGCUCCCCGAUGUACCAACCGCCUUGCCCCAGGAUGGGCGCUCUUCGCUGGCUGUUUCGUCGGAAUCUCCAAGGAAGAAACCAAGUGUACAGCCAAAGCCUCAAUCACUGCAUGGCCGGGCACUACACCAAACCAGUGCUCCAAUUAAUGGCUCCACGGCUACCGAUGAUCUCGCCCAACGAUUUGCUAGGCUUAGCGGAGCCUCCGUUCCAAUUAACACCGUCGUUGGAAAUACAGGCGCAGACUUUUCAGUUAAGAUGCCGUCACCUUCGGAUUACCAUUCCUCGAGUCAGCCCCUCGGCCCUCGCGACAUGCCACCACCCCCCGCUCCUCCUGCUUCCCUGCAUCCCCCAAAAUUAGCUCUCAGCACUCAGAUGUCCGCGGCCAUGCCUAGAGAGCCAAGUCCUACGUAUAGUCCGGCCAGGAAUUUGUCUCUACCUCCGAGUAUUAAUCCCCCGAGAAGCACAGCCCGAAGUAUGGUAGGCACAGGGGGUCGCAGCAACUCGUUAGCAGCAUCCAGUGCUUCUGCGUAUCCACCAGGCUCAAACGGUGACGCAGACUCAUACUUCCCGCCCCUAACUAGUGACCAGGGGAGCUCGUCUGCUAGGCGGAAGUCAGUACAUAAGCCCAUGGAGCUACAGAUAAAUGUGGACAAGCUUUACGACUAUAUUCGAAUGUAUAAUCUCCUUUUAAUAGACGUACGCAGCCGGGAAGAAUUCGACUCAGGCCACAUCUAUGUCCACAACAUCAUGUGCAUUGAACCAACCGCUUUACAGGACGGUUGCUCUGCCGAACAACUCCAGGAUCGCCUCGUACUGUCUCCAGAUGCGGAGCAACUAAUGUUCGAGAGACGGAAUGAGUAUGACUUGGUGAUAUACUAUGACGAAUCUACGAAGUCGAACGCUUUCCUCAACAAAUACGUCCGCAAUGAGAAGGACACUGCAUUGAAAAGGUUAUACGACACUCUCUACGAGUUUAAUGCCGAGAAACCCUUGCAACGGCCACCAAUUUUUUUGAUGGGAGGUGUAGAUGCGUGGACAGAGUUAGUAGGGACUCAAGCGCUGAAAAUGUCCACUACCGCCACAGUAGCCACAAGCGGGCAAGCUAGGUCUCGUGCUAUGAGGCGUGCCCCUGCUGCUAGUCACAUUGCUUGGGCGAAUCUCCAAAGGCGUCGGCUGCGAGAAUACACGUCAAUGGAUCCCGAAGAAGAGCGAAAAUGGCUCGAGGAAGCCCGACGAGGGAGAGCAGUAUUUGAACAACCCCUAGCAGAGGAAGGCGAGGAUGAGGAGCUGGGCUCACCCAUGUAUCGGACCCCUGAGGAUUUCCUUCGCCGGUUCCCGGAGGUUGACGUUGAACAACAAUCGAUGAUAUACCCACCCUCUCGACCUGCCCCUCCUACAGCUCAGUACGUUGCGCCUCCCAUUCCGCAAGCGCCUUCCCGCCCACCACCAUCAGUGCCGAGAGUCAGUUAUAGCGGGGUUCAUGAACGACAGCUCGCUCCCCAAGCCCGUGCCCAACAACUUCCUGUCUAUAUUUCUCCGGGUCGCUAUGGGCAGAUCAGGCUCCACAAAACUGGCCUCGUCAAUUUUGGAGUUACCUGCUAUAUGAACUCCGUAGUUCAAUGUCUGGCUGCUAACAUGGAUCUUUCCAACAUUUUCCUCUCUCAGCGAUAUCAGAACGACCUCCAGAAGGAGAACUGGAAGGGGACCAAAGGCAUCAUACCGGAAGCCUACGCGACCCUAAUUUCCAACCUGUUUAAGGGUGACGUAGGUUCCAUCCGGCCGAGCACCUUCAGGAGAGUUUGUGGACAUUUCAACUCUCAAUGGACCACCGAUGAGCAGCAAGACGCCAAGGAAUUCCUCGAGUUCCUUCUGGAUUGCUUGCACGAGGAUCUUAAUAUCACAUGGGCAAAGCCACCACUAAAGCAGCUAUCUGAAGCCGAUGAAAUUGCACGCGAGAAACUUCCUCGACAAUAUGUUGCAAGAGUGGAGUGGGGCCGAUAUCUCUACCGGGAAAGCUCCUUGAUUGGUAACAUGUUUGCUGGUCAACAUGCAUCGCAGCUUACCUGCGCUACAUGCGGAACCACUAGCACUACAUAUGAAGCCUUCUGGAGCAUUAGUGUUGAGAUUCCCCGCGACCGGCCUGCCGACGUAAGAGAAUGCUUGCAGUCGUAUUGCUCCACGGAACAACUAUCUGGAGACGAUAUUUGGCGAUGCCCACACUGCAAACAGGACAGAGAAGCCACGAAGAAAAUCACCAUCACCCGAGCCCCAGACUUCCUCGUUUUACAUUUAAAGCGAUUUAGCGCUUCCCGAAUGGAGAGUGCACGUAAGGUCCGCACUCCAAUCAACUUCCCGCUUCAUGGCUUAGACCUUGCACCUUACAUGGAGCCACCGAUCACAGAGGAGCAGGAGGCGUACGUGAUAUCUCACGCAAGAGAUGCCGCAGCACAAUUAACCGGCCUAAAAACCGAUCCGACAAUGAACGGGCCAUACAUCUACAACGCGUACGCUGUAAUCUGGCAUCUCGGCAGCACGCUCGGAAGCGGACAUUAUGUGGCAAUGGUCAGGGACAAAUCCCGCGGGUGUUGGCGCUCCUACAACGAUGAACGGCUGCAAGACUUUGAACCGAGGAAUCUGUCUGGGAAUGAUCGGCUCCAAAGCGAAAAGGCGUAUAUUGUCUUCUACGAGCGCGAAAGGGUUGCUGGAGGUGCAUUCUAGAUGGCAGGCAUGACUUUCCAUUUAGAUUGCAAUCAUUCAUUGAUUAGCGAAUAGAACGUAUUAUACGGAUAGCACGGUUGGUUGAGGGGCAUUGAAGGCGUCGGCGUUUUGCAGGAUUUUUCUUUUGUAUAAGGGGCGCGCAAGUGCUGUUCCCCUCAGCCUCGGCCAUGGCAACGGUCCGAGCAGCUCACACUACGGAUACUUGGCCAGUCGAUAUUUUUACGCCUGAUGUUUACUCCGUCCUGGAGGACUCGAUUGCAUGCAUGGCGUUGGUUAGGAUAGAUGUAGUAGAUGCUCUGCAUGAAUGGCGUAUGAUUUCUUCGU